UUCACCAAAAAAAAGAGAGCUCGAAAUCCCAACCCAAUGGGAAUCUUAAUCUUAUCAUGAGUUUCCCAAGAGGAAGGGAUCGGCCGGCGCCAUAAAAACUUCCCCAUCUUAAAAUAUCAUAUGAUAUUAUAUGCGAUUUAGCCAGUCCAUUCAAUACUAUAUACAAUACUAUCGUUUUGUUGGACUUACUACUAGUCUAGCAGUUCAAGGAAGAUAAUUUCCCAAGAUCGAACGUGAUGAAGAAGUUAGAGCUCAUUUUCAUCCCAGCACCCGGAAUCGGUCACCUGGUCUCGACCCUCGAAUUCACUGUCCGUUUGCUCGAUCACGACGAGCGGCUCUUCAUCACUGUCCUAGCCAUUAAAGCACCCUUCGCAGCUCACCUCGAUUCAUACGCUAACUCCAUACUCUCCUCUCAGCCCCGAAUCACCCUCAUCGACCUGCCUCACGUAGACCCUCCUCCGCCUGAACUGCUCAAGUCCGUGGAGCACUUCAUCACGGCGUACAUAGAAAGCCAUGUACCCCAUGUUCGAGGAGUUGUCGGAGAGAUCGUUUCCAGCUCCAGCCGCUCCGAUUCGGUCGCGGGCGUCGUCCUCGAUUUCUUCUGCGAGUCCAUGAUCAGUGUGGCCAAAGAGUUCGGCCUUCCGUCCUACAUUUACCUGACUUCCAACGCGGGGUUCCUUGGUCUCAUGCUUGAGCUCCCAAAUCAUCACGAACGGUCCCAGAGAGAGUUCCUGAAGAGUUCAGAUCCCGAGUUGCUGCUUCCAGGGUUUGUCAACCCUGUUCCGGUGUCUGUUCUCCCCGGGGCCUUAUUCGACGGAGAGCACGGAGGUUACUCAGCUUAUAUCAAGCUUGCUCGAGGAUUCAGAGAGUGUGAUGGCAUCCUUGUAAACACAUUCGCGGAGCUGGAGCCGUCUGAUUUCAGCUCGCUGCUUCGGGUCUACAACAUCGGGCCAGUGCUCAAUCUCAAGGGCUUUCCCCAUCCUGCUUUAGACUGGAUCCAGUGGGACGACAUCUGGAAGUGGCUCGACGAGCAGCCUUCAUCUUCCGUGGUGUUCUUGUGCUUUGGGAGCGCGGGGACUUUCGGAGAGGCCCAGGCAAGAGAGAUUGCGGUCGCACUCGAGCAGAGUGGGAAGAGCUUCUUGUGGUCCCUGCGCCUCUCCUCGGACUCGGAGAAGGGCGCCAAGAAUAAUAAUCCUGCCGAUUCGGAAACUAGGAUGAUCCUCCCAGAAGGGUUCCUGGAGAGGACUAGAGGGAGAGGGGUCGUGUGCGGGUGGGCCCCACAGGUGGAGGUACUUGCCCAUCCGGCCAUCGGAGGCUUCGUGUCUCACUGCGGUUGGAACUCGAUAGUGGAGAGCCUCUGGCAUGGCGUCCCGACUGCAACCUGGCCCAAGUACGCGGAGCAGCAGUUAAAUGCAUUUAGGAUGGUUAAGGAACUGGGAUUAGCAGUGGAGCUGAGAUUGGAUUAUCGGGAUAGUGCGCCGGAGAUUGUGGCGGCGGACGAGAUAGAGAGAGCGGUGAGAUGCUUGAUGGAUGGUGAGAAGGAGGUGGCGAAGAAGGUGAAGGCGAUGAAGGAUUUAGCUAGGAAGGCCGUGAUGGAAGGCGGAUCUUCGUUCGCUUCAAUAGGACGAUUCAUUGAAGACCUUAGUCACGACACAUUAUUAGACAAAGAUUAGUUAAGCUCAUGCACGCUCUGAUGGCAUGGCAUGCAUCUUUUAUAAAAAUGUUGGGCAAUGCAUGCUUAUCUGAAAUUUCAUCUAGCUACUCCGAGUAGACAGAUCAUUGAUAUGUGGAGAUCAAUAAGCUAAAGAUCAUGCCGGUCCUCCUAUUAAUUUCGUAUUUAAUUCUCUCGUUUGCUUC